AUGUAUCUGCAGCUCAUCGAAGUGAGCUCGGCUGGCAAGGUGGGAGGCUUUGGAAAAUCCCACCUGGCCAUUGUCCAGAAGGUGAACAACGAGGGGGAAGGAGAUCCUUUCUACGAAGUGUUGGGGUUGGUCACCCUGGAAGACGUCAUAGAGGAGAUUAUCAAAUCAGAAAUUCUGGAUGAAUCCGACCUUUACACUGAUAAUCGCACGAGGAAAAAGGUGGCACCCAACAAAAACAAGAGAGACUUCUCUGCCUUUAAACAUGAGAGUGAAUCUAAGGUGAAGAUCUCUCCUCAGCUGCUGCUGGCUGCCCAUCGUUUCCUGGCUACAGAGGUGAGCUUGUUCAGCCCAUCUCAGAUUUCAGACAAGGUGCUGCUGCGAAUCCUGCGUCACCCCGAUGUGAUCCAGGAGAUCAAGUUCAAUGAGAACGAUAAGCGGUCGUCCCAUCACUACAUCUACCAAAGGGGCAAGCCGGCCGACUACUUCCUUCUCAUCCUGCAGGGUCGAGUGGAGGUGGAGGCUGGAAAUGAGAACAUGAAGUUUGAGACUGGUUCCUUUAUCUUCUAUUUUGAUCUGUCUCUCACUGACUGUCCCUCCCUCGCCUUCAUUCCUCUGCCCCCUCUAAAAAGAAGGAUUUUGGUCUGUACAGUAAAGUUUCGUUCACCAUCCCAUAUCAGCGGCUUGAACCGAACAGCCUCGAUGAGCGGAGCCGACCGGAUGGAGUCACUUUCGGUCAGCGGCAGCAACAGUCAGCUCAACAACAGCAUCCCCAUGCAGCAGUACAUACCAGACUUCUACGUCCGAGCCCUCACUGACCUACAGUUUGCCAAGAUCACACGAGCUCAGUACCAGAACGGCCUGAUGGCAUCUCGCCUGGACAGCACGCCGCAGUCCCCCGAGAGCAGCCACAACACUAUUCGCAUGGAUCAGACGCCUCCCACCACCAUCGGUAACACCACCAUUACGGACCUGGGAGCAGACUCCACCCCUACGGAGAACGGCCCGGACGAGACGACGCUCCUCCUCCUCAACGAGCAGAACUCGCCACACACAGGCAACCACCACAGCCCGGUGGAGAACAGAAUCUGACAGCCUCCACUGGUACCAGCCCUCCAUACUCCUACAUUGGCCCACGUGCACUACUACGCCCGGUUGUAUGCCGAGGAGGGGAGGAUUGUGUGUGAGUGCGCGUGUUUGUGUGAGUGGGAAUGCAGGCACAAGCUGAUGAGGCCCAAAGAGUCAAGCCACGUGCAUACUGUGUAAAUAUGCAAAGAUUAAACACACACACACACAAUCGCGAACACACACUGAUGAGCCAAAACAUUUUGACUGUGCUUAAAGGAUGAACAGGAUAUUUCCGGCCAUAAUGUUUGGGCUCAUCGGUGUACACACACAUACCAAAGUCUCCACACCUCUGCCGAUCGAUGGAAGUUUAGCGACAGAAACGCGUAUCGCGUCAGUGUUUGCACAUGCCUCUUGAUCUGAAGGACCUGUUCGUCUGGACCAGAAAGCUCCUCCAUUUCUCGUUCAGAGGUGUUACCGAUUAUUUAAGUGCGUGUGGUGUAGUGUGUGUGAGAAAGAGUGUGCGUUGCUUCUAAAUCACUGUCCCUAAUCAGAGACUCAGGGAGACUCCGCCCUCCUCCUCAUUUCCGGAUGUACGUAAAAGCAAGUGUGGUCGAAAGCCCCCAAACCAGCCCAUCGCCGCAUGUGUAGCAACCUGCAUCCCCCUCCUCCAUACAGCUAGAGGACAAAGACGACCCGAGCAUGUCUGCGGAGUUCACACAAAGUAAUACGUGUACCAUAGAAAUUUAUAGUGAGAUAUUUAUUGGGGGGAUUUUGUGGUUAAAUGAGGAUGGGGAUGGGGUGGAUUUCUAUCUAUAGAGAUAUAUUUUCUCUUCCUUGUUUCCUGCAUAGAAACAGCUGGUAGCCCAGAGCCUUUAUCCCAGAGUUGUUAAGAGAUUUGCCGCUGAUAGACCACCAGUCUGUAUUGUGAACUAGACAAUCAACAUGAAUAUUUUGAAUGUGUUAAAUUAAUUAUGUAGGGUACGUUAACCGUGGCUGCCCUGCUCUCCAAAUGCCAUAUCUGUGUCACCUUUAAUUAUGUUCCUCCGAGGACAGACGUGGAGUUUCUAGAUGGGUUGCAGAGACGAAGGCGUUCGAGAGCAAAGAAUCCUUUCCUACUUUUUUUUUUUUGUUUUGUUUUGUUUCUAAAGACGAUGGGUAGUCUGUGUCUGUGCGUGAGUUUGCCUGUACGAGACCAAAACUGGCCAUCAUGAGACUUGUUGGGAGCAGAAACCAAAAGUGAGACGCUUGAUCACCUUCUGACUGGAAAAUACUUUAAGAGAUCUGAGAGUUUAUUUAUUGAGUUUAAUGUCUGUGUAUGCGUGUAUAUAUUCGUGUUGAUUUGAAGGGGAGAAAAUGCAAUUUUAUUUCACUGUUUUGGGAGAUUUUACAUGUUAAAGUGUUUCUUUCCAUUCAGUGAUUAUGUUCGGGUUUCCUUUUUGUUUUUAAUGUAGGAAAAGGGGGUCACUCUAACAUCGUUUUUGUAUUUGUGUCUCCAAAUGCAACAUUAGCCACAUUCUGUCAGGUUUUUUUUUUUGUUUGUGUGUUUGUUUGUUUUUUGGUUAUAUUUUACCAGUUAUAUUUUACUGUACGCUCAGACAACGUCUUAAAGGAGAAUCUGAAAAUCUUUUUCUUUCCCUGAACUCUAACAGGAGCACAGCCGUGUUUCGUGGGUAUUUCUUUCUUUUGUGAUACUCUGCUGCUUUUAAGACACCCGUUGUAGAAUUUUAUUUCCACACUAACAACUACAUGUAACAGAUGUUCACUUUUUGGUACUUUUUGUUAGGCUAUACUUAAAAGAUGGUCAUAGCCUUUAGGUUUGAAACAUGAGCCCAAUGUGGAAGUGCCUUAAUCCUGUGUUCUUUCUAAUGGCCAGCAGGGGGUGACUUCUCUGGCUGCAAAGAAAAUGUAAUUAUAUAAAAGUUUAUGAGGAAAUUAAUCUACUUUAAGACCACAGCAAAAAGGUUAAUUUUGAGUUUGCAGUCUGAAUUGCCAGUUUCACUUUUUUAUUUAGUGUAAUUUGAUGUUUGUUUAGUAAAACGAGGUCCCAAUUAGAGUGAAAUUGUGAAUGCAUUAGCUCAUGGCUGUCUUUUGAUAACCAGGUUGGCAGUCCUUGAGCUCGCAGUUCCUCCAGUUGUCAACAGUAAAAAUAAAUGCACAACUUCAUUGAAGAUGAAGAUGAUAUAAAGGUUAUGGUUGCACCGCCUUUACUUUUUCUGUCAUCUUUGAGUAGCAAAGAUUUUUUUACAAGCAACAAGUUUCCAGCUUUGCUCUAAAAGAUGUGACCAAGUCUUCUGGGAUAUGCAGGACACCAGGAGUAUGAUACGAAGCAAGCUAAAGGAAAGAUAAUCACAAGCUGGUGUUAAUUUAAAAAAUUUAUUUUUCUUUUAUUGUUGCGGUUUUUGAGAUCGGGAGCAUUAACAUAACACCCAGCAGCAAAAAUGAUUUUGAAAUUUGAAUAAAUUAGUAUUACUACAUCUACUACUACUUGUUUUCUGGACGAGGAAAAUCUGAAACCAAAAGCAUUUCCGUUAUUGUGGAAUUUCCUGUCUUGUUGAAGUGAUGCGAGUGAGUUUCAGCGGUGGUGGGAAAGGCCAGAGAGGUCAAUAAAUUUCCAAAACUUCAGCAAGUGCAGCACAUGAUUAGAAUUUUAGUGUUUUUAGAAAAUAAACAUUUUUGACGUAGUUACGUGUAGUUGACUUAAUGUUGUUUCACAAAUUAUUAUUAUUUUAUUUCUUUCACCAAAUACAAAAGUGAUCCUCUAACACAUAGGUGUCAAACUCUGGCCCGCGGGCCAAAUUUGGCCCGCAGCCUAAUUACAUUUGGCCCGCGAAGCCAUACCGAAUUACUAUUAGAGCU